AUUUAAUCAGUAUGAUAAUAUUGAGUGGUAAAGAAACUUUUCUUUGGAUAUUUACAUUUCAACCAUUAUUAUUACAAGAUACGUAUGGUUUUGGUUCAACAACAGACACUGUUAUUAGAAUGGAUGGUAUCCAUUAUGAUUGUGGUUGUAUUUUACGUGAAACGGGUGAUUUAAUGCAGUAUUCUAAUAGAGUAAUACGACCAAAUGCUAUGAAUAUACCAUCAAUUUAUGUUACUUAUUUUUUAACAUUUGGCUGUUUAGCUUGGCAUGUGUUAUUAUAUGAAAAUAGUGUAGAAAACUUGUAUGGUCCAGUUUUAUCAAGAAAUGCUAUAGAUGCUACAGAUGAAAUACGCUAUCGUAUUGUUGAUACAAAUGUUCGUACACGUUUAUGUCAUUUUAUACGAGCUAGAUUAUUAUCAACAAUGAAUUUUUUAUCAAUACGUUCGACUAAAGAUGAUGCAUGUCUUAUUCUAAAUCGAUGUUUUGAACAAUUUGCUAUGUUAAAAUUAAAUACACAUGAUGUUCAAUAUCAAUGGAUAAAGCCAAUAUUUCGAACAUCAGAAGAAGAAUUAAAAGCUGAAGAAAAUUUUCAAAAUCAAAUAUUUUAUCCGGUUUAUUAA